AUGAGUACGCCUGUCCGUGCGCAGUCGAUAUCAUCGCUCUAUACUCUCCUUUCGAACCCUCCUCAGUAUCCACGAAAUCCUACCCACCAAGAGCAUGAUCCCCUCGUGCUUUACAUCGUACGAGUCCCAGGCAGCAAAGAUGUCUUUCUCACACCCCUUAAACCGCCCACCAAGGCCUCGAUAAGCAUUGAAGCCGUGCAAUCAAGUCUAUACUUCCUUCAUGUCGAAAGACCCGAGGAUGACGACCUCAGAAAAUCGUUAGAGACUACGACACAUACCGAUGAGCGCAGGGAGAACAUCUCACCGAUCCAGAGGAAACCUCUUCCCCCUACGACUUAUGCAAACUACCCUGCCUCUCAACGGCCUCCUACUCCGCCCAAGAGCUAUCCACAUCACCAGCCGCCGUUGCAUGGGUCGCAGGAUGCCACGCAAGCAGAGCGACAUGCGGCCCGUGGUGCUCACCUGAGGUUGUCGACUUCAGACCCAAUGGAAUCUUCUACAACGCAGCGUAAGCCUGUCGGCGCUCGACCAAUGCCCCUCAGGCCUACGAUAGACACAAGCAAUCACGGCCAACUGAAAAGCAACCACACAGACAGUCUCAGCAACGGAGAGGGACAUUUCACGGUACGAAGAAAGCCUGUGCAGUCAGCAUCGCCUACCGAGGAAGCCAACGUCUCUCCAACUCCGACAGAACCCGAUAGACCUCUACGGAACCUCAUUUCACCAGCACGCAGCCCGGAAAUACUAGGUGCCGGCGAUGUGCGAAUCACCCUGAUACGGAGAGAUCCAGCAUCUGGCAGCCAAUGGAACGUGGGCAGUCUCAUCAAGCGGGACACUGCACUAAGAGACAACGGGUUGAGUAAAGUUGACAUCGAGCUCAGCUCCCCUGGCUACACCAAGUUUGGCCGAGUAGGACGGACGGGAGAGCGCUGUUUUAACAGAACAGUGGAAUAUAGGGUCGUUCCCAACAGUGAGAAGUCCAUCAAGACAAGGCAGAGGAGCAAUUCCAGCGAAUUAUUCUCAGACCUAGCAAGCUUGAAUAACAGAAAGCCACGUCAAGCUUAUUCGUUCAUGUCGCCGUGGCAGGGUAUGUGCUUUUUCAGCAACGCAGUGGACGGAAGGAGCCUUCGAUGUCGCCAUACUUUGUCGUCUACAAAUUCACCCAAUGUUGGCGUGAUGGCGGACGUUGCCGAACUACGCUUCAAUCUAGCAUGGUCCAUUCUUCGUCCCAAGGAUGCAAACAGGCAAGCAACAAACGAGAUGCCGCCAACUUCACCAACAUCUCCAACUGCGAUUUCAGGUUCGUCGUCGAACAAAGAUCAGUGGAGGCGAAGUUUUCAAGCUUUUACCCACAAGGCUCGCGCACAGCUGUCUCGUAGCGAAAGCGACAAUGGUAUGCUAGAAUUCCAGCAAAGCCUGAGAGACUUUGCUCAACCAGAGUCCCCCAAAGAAAGGCGGAUGAACCUUGAUCUGGGCCGGGAGAGAGCUGGUGGAGGAUUCAAGGGCCAUAGUGCCAAACUGGGAAAGUUGAUCAUAGACGACGAGGGCUUGAAGAUGUGCGACCUGGUUGUGGCAGCGUGUAUGGGAGUCUGGUGGCAGCAUUAUGCUGGCGAUUGA